AUGAAAGACGAAAAACACCAAAAAAAAAAACACGAUGUUGCUCGGUUCCCUGAAUUUCUUGUUUUGAAAGGCAAGACGAGACGAAUGGACGAAUGACUCCUCAAGCGCUGAACAAGUUUCUCAGCGAGUUCCUUAUAACGGUUCGCAAAAAAGAACACAACGAGGAAUACAAGCCUAAUUCCCUAAGGACUUUCUUCGCCAGUUUUCAGCGCCAUUCGAAGAAAAAAUAAACUAUGGACUUUGCCUUAUGAAAAACGUCCAGUUCGAGCAAACUCGGAAAGCGCUUCAAUCAAAGCAAAGGGAUCUAAAACGGAAAGGUAUGGGCAACAAGCCUAAUGCUUCUGCUUUAAGUGAGGAAGAUAUUCAAGUUCUGUUUGAGAAGGAUCUCUUGAGAAGUUCCACGGCGGAAGCGCUUUUAAACACGGUAUUGUUCAACAACAUAAUCCAUUUCGGGUUACUAGGCUGCAAGGAGCACAGACAAAUGUGUUGGGGAGACGUAAAACUUUGUCGAAACUUCCACCGGGCAGGAGUACCUCGAAUUCAAUGA